AUGGGAGCAGUUGCAAAGAAGAGCAAGGAAAAAAGGCAUGCAGGGCUGGAGAAGAUCGGGAGGUAUGCAGAGGAGUAUCCUCUUGUUGCGGUCAUUGAAAAUCCGGGCAUGUCGAAUGCCACGAUCAAGAAGAUCAGAGAGGACUUUGAUGGAGAGGCCAAAAUUCUGUUUGUCAGAAAGAAGAUGGCAAGAGCUAUGUACAGCAUGCCUUCGAUGCCCAAGGACUCAUUUUUCCUGAUGUUUGGGGAUGAGAAGGCUAUCGAAAAGGCGAGAUCAUAUCAGUAUGAAGACUUCCUUGAGGAAAAUGAUGUUUGUCCGGACUGUGUAAUUAUAGAGAAACAAGUGAUUCGAAACAAAGAGAUGGCUGAAAUUCUCCCAGUGAACACGAAGGACGACCAAAUGCAGCUGAGCGAGGACUAUACUGUCUGUGAAGGAGGUGAUGUGGUUGACGAACGUAAGGCUAAAAUCCUUAAGUUCUUUGGAAAGAAGCUGAAGAAGAGAAACCUGGCCGUAUUCGAUGUAGUACCAACCUCGAGUCUCCAGAAGAAGACUGCAGACGAUUAA